UGACAACAGCAAGAUGGUAUGAGGUUGGCGAGACUGGAGCUAAGUGUGAUUUUUCCUGUUACCAACUGGAAUGUACAGAUAGGCCGGGUUUGAAGAGGAAGGAUAACAAACUGCGUCUAUAAUUGAUUUAUUUUUUUUAGUAAAAGUGAAGAAGAUCAGGGUAAAAUCGUAGAAAGCCCAGCGGAUCACCCUCCGAGUUCAUUCAUUCUUUGGCCUUUUGCUGGUUAAUAACAGGUGACUUAGCCGACUUACCUGUUUACUGUUAUUGUCAACGCACGUCGAUUGUCAUUUCCAUCGUUCUGCAUGUCAUUAUAAUUUAAGAUUUUGUGACUUGUGGAUGCAAUGUAAAACCAGAGGAAAAGUUUAAUGUUCAAAAGACGAUAGGAAAACGACUUUUAAAAACUACAUUUCUGCCGCUUUAACAACCCAGAGUGCUCUCUUUAUGGAAGACGUUUUCUUUAUUUGCAACGUAGCGAUCUUGAACAGAUAUAAUUGGAAUCAGUAAUUAACUUCAGGAAAAGUUUGGAAUCUGUUCACCUACUGCUAUUUGUUGGUGCCGUUAUCUGGAGUAUUGAGUUUUUUUGUUUGUUUUUGUUUUUAAUUUGGUCAAUAUUUAUUUUGGAGCAGAAGAAAAAUCAAAAGAAUACGAGAAAGGGCUUCAUUGGAAAUUUGUCUAGUAGGGAAGAAUGUCUCUGUUUAAAGCCCGGGACUGGUGGUCCUCGUCAGUGGGACAAGAAGAAGAAUUUGACCAAGGAUGCUUAUGUGUGGCUAAUAUUGACAACAGUGCCACUGGACAUGAUAAGAUCAUUUUGGGAAGCUACAUGGGGUUCCUACGCGUUUAUGCACCAAAUCCAUCCAACCCAGGAGAGGCCAUGAACCCAGAAGAGCAGCUGGUGGAGGUGCAUCUCAGGGAUCCCAUCAUACAAGUGGAGGCCGGAAAGUUUGUCUCUGGUACAGAAAAUCUCCACUUGGCCGUUUUGCAGCCCAGAAAGCUGUCUGUGUAUACAGUCUCUGGAACCACUGGCACUGUAGAUCACGGAAAUCAAUACCAGCUAAGACUAAUAUAUGAGCACAAUCUUCAGAGAACGGCAUGCAACAUGGCCUAUGGCCCUUUUGGCGGAGUCAAAGGUCGUGACUUUAUUUGCAUUCAGUCCAUGGAUGGUAUGCUGGUGUUCUUUGAACAGGAGAGCUAUGCAUUCGGCAGGUUUCUACCAGGUUUCCUUCUGCCUGGUCCACUGUGCUACAUCGCCCGCACAGACACUUUCAUCACUGUUUCUUCCAGUCGAUACAUUGAGAGCUACAAGUACCAAACUCUCGCUGUUGCCACAGAUGCUGAUACGAGACAGGAAUCAGAACACCAAAAGCUAGUCUCUGGAAAAAAACUGGCAGCAGACUGGAUGCUAUCCAUUGGAGAGCUAGCUCUGGAUAUAAAUGUUUUGUCUAAUCCGGUGGCAGCCUCUGUAUUUGUGCUGGGAGAGAGAAACUUUUUCUGCAUAAAAGAGAACGGGCAGAUGUGUUUCAUGAAGAAGCUGGAAUACAAUCCAAGUUGCUUCUUACCGUAUGCAUCAGUAUGUGAAGGAACAUCAAACAGUCUCAUUGGGAACCAUAAUAACAUGCUGCUGGUUUACCAGGAUGUGACACUACAAUGGGCUGCUCAGCUUCCACAUGUUCCUGUUGCCAUCAGAGUGGCCAACUUCCAGGAUCUGAAGGGUGUGGUUGUGACCCUGAGUAGCGAUGGUCAUCUGCAGUGCUCCUAUCUAGGGACAGAUCCAUCCUUUUUCCAGGCUCCCAAAGUGGAAUCCAGGGAGAUCAAUUACGAUGAAUUAGAUGCUGAAAUGAAAUCACUACAUAAGAUAAUCAAGGAGGCCUCAAAGACACAAGAUGUCUUGCCUUUGACAGAGAAAGAAGAUGAUUUGACAGUAGCUAUUCACAUCGCCCCGAACAUGGAUGCGAUAUCUCAAGCUGUCAGCACUGAAGUAGAGGGUGUGGAAGUCCCAUCUAUCACAGUAAAGGUGAAAAUAAAAACCAGACUUGUGGUGCAGAAUCCCAAAGUGGCAGUGAGCGUGCAGCCUCCUCUUGCCGUAACUCAGGACCUGUUUAUUAUAGAUUCAAUGGGCCCAGGAUCUGUUAGCACUGUGACCUUUGGGGUGUUCUUAAAAAAUUCCUACCCACCAGCUGAGCUUGGAGGAGCUGUGGCAGUCUCCUACAGCACACCAACAGAUCUAAACCCAGCAGGUAUACCACGGGUUUCACAGUGUAACUUCAGUUUACCACUAAGAUUGGUUUGUAUUCCAGCAUCGCCUUUGAAGAACGCUAACUACAAAGUGACCAUCGACACCAAUAAACUUCCAGUCAAUCUUCUAGAAAUCUUCCCAGACUUUGUAGAGGCAUUUGAAGAAGAGCAGGUGAAUGCUCUUGGCCUCCAGCUGAUUGCAGGUUCCAGGGUCACUCUGCUGGCAUCAAAAACAUCCCAGCGAUACAGAAUUCAGAGUGAAGCAUUUGAAGAUCUUUGGCUGAUAAUCCAAGAAUUCAGUACGCGCUUUGAAAAGCAUUUUGCCAAGCAAGGGGCCAGAGACUUCAGGUGCAGCUUUGCUGGACCUAUUCCUCUACAGGAGUACUUUGAAAAAAUUGAUCGCCAUUUUGAGUUGCGUCUGAACUCUGAGAAAUACCAGGACCUUCUGUCGGAGAGGGCUGUGCAGUUUAGAGCCAUCCAGCGCAGACUGUUGACACGUUUUAAAGACAAAACUCCUGCUCCUCUUCAAAAUCUGGACACCUUGAUGGAUGGAACCUACAGACAGGUCAUUGCCCUGGCAGAUGCUGCAGAGGAGAACCGGGCUGCCCUGUGCCAGGAGUUCACUCGGCUCAGGAGUGCCACCCAUCUCAUCAUCCUGCUGAUCAAGCUCUGGCAGAAUCUCAACCAGGAUCAGACUGUCAUCCUGGAGGCAACCCUUUUACCUCUCCUGCAGGACACUCCUCAACUGGGCUGGGAAGAGAGCGUGGAUGCAGCUGUCACCCACCUCCUGAGGACUUGCUUGUCCAAGAGUCCAAAGGACCAGGCCCUGAACUUAACCAGCCACUUGACCAUGCCCAGAGACACCAGCAAGCUGAAGAAGCACAUCACAUUGCUCUGCGACAGGAUCGGCAAAGGAGGACGGCUAACACUCUCCGCUGAAGGGAACGCACAGACACCUAUUGUAUUGCCAGGGGGCUGUGCACCUAUUAUGGAAGAAGGGGUAACAGAGCUGGAGUUGAGAGGAGUGUACACUAACAAGAGGCAACACUCCAAAUAGGAUCUGACAGAAUAGGCUACAGAAGAGAAGCUGACCAGAUUCAGUUUGAAUAAGGACUGGCUUCCAGGAUCACGUCUUGCAAUGUCAGCUGCAUAAACACCCAUCUGAGACCCAGAGAAUCUGAAUUACACACAGAAUACAGCCAUGACAAAAGUCCCUGAAAUUUGAUAACAGACUAUGUGCCAUGACAGUUUGAAAGGUUUUCCCCCUGGAUGAUAAUGUAUUUGAGACCUGAUUCAUCUAACCACAAGUGAAAAAAAUAAUUCUGAAAUUAUCUUGAUUAUAAAAGAAAAUGGUAACAGUGACUAUCGCUCUCCAGAUGUAAUAUGAUUCAGCAAAAUUUUCAAGAAAGAAAAUUGUUUACUAAUGAAAGUUAAAAUACUUAAUAGUGACCUAGGUCUUAAUGUUAAAAAACCUUCGAGACAUUUACAGCUUCUGCUGUUAAGGCUAAUGCAUUAGAAAUCUGUGGCUUGGCAAGGUUUAAACCCAAUGCAGCCAUUCAUGCCUUUUACCAUUCCCCCAAUCAUUUAUUUGAAUCUUGUUUUUAAUAAUAACUACAUAUUAAACAGGCAGUGUUUUUUCACCCCAUGGAAGAUUAUUUCUCAUGUAUCAACAUUGUUAAAUAUAUCAACAAUUCAGAAGAAAGUGAUCUGUUAAAGACCACAUUAACAACUUUUAACGCAGUGGUAUUGAGAUCUGCCACUGUUCAGAAAAUUGAAACAAACACCUGUUUCUUGUACUGUUUUCUCAAUUCCUUUAAUAUGUAUUCUUUGGUUACUUUUAGUGAAAAAAAAUGCUGUGGUUUGUAUUUCAUUCAUACUGGUGAUUUCACUAGCACACUGUAAUGGGCAGUACAAUACACAAUUCACCAAGCACCAGGCUGCAUUUGCACCAUUCUUUCUAAAUGGAAAAACAAACUUAAUUAAUCCAAUAUGUUAAUUCAAGGGCCAUUUUGUGUGUGUAUCGCUUAAAAGGAAGUUGCAUGUACUAACUGUAAAAGAAAUGAAGUACUGCACAAAACCUCAUUGGCGUAUAACACUUAACGACUAGCCAUGGAACAACAUUCCUGGUUAAUAAUACAUUACUCGAUCAUCAGCUUUGACAAACUCUCUUUUGACCGUCAGUGUCUGCAACAAAAGUACUUUAAUGAACGCACAACAUCAAAGUGUACUCCCCUUCAGAAAAGCAUCCAGUAUAGCCAGAGCAUUUAUUUUAGGCUUGUGCCAGUCCUGGGUGGAACCCACAGCCUCCAAUUCCAUAAUCCAUCUCAGAAAACCACUACGCCUACAUGCAGUUUUUGACUUCUAUUCAGCUAGUCAUAGCAGUUUCAUUCAUUUUCUUAACAUGUGGUACCACUGAACAGUAAAUGAAUACUCCGCAUUCUGAAAAAAGCUAAGAAUAAUAUCUAGACUCCUCUGACCUCCCACGUUAAGUCUUGGAUAUCGUUCAUUUUGUUGCAACUGCCAGUUGAAAUGUUAUGUGAAAUGAUCUUUCCAAAAUAAUCCUCUGAGUCUUUGUUCAGAGCUGCUCUGCUGAAUGUAAUUUAAGUUAAAGUGUUUUACUGUUACCUUGACACAAUCUUGCUUGUGCUCUGAACUCAACCAUUCUGACCCUUUCAUAUUUACUCAGCGAUUACAAAUGUGCAAGAGAGUUGAUUUAACCCAUUUGUAAUCUUAGGAGUCCCAGUUUUCACCACACUUGGGUCAUGUUUAUCCACAUGACUAAUAAUAUUGGAAAUUUGACACACUGAAGAGACUAGAAAAUUAAAAAAAUAACUUCAGGAUCCUAGCCCACACCCAAAACUGACUAAUUACAUGUGACAGGUUUAAAUUUGUUAGCGGCAAGGAAGUGGGGAAAAUAAAGUACAAACUUGAUAUUUCAAAUAUAAACCUCCCUAUGUAUGUCGUGAGUUCGUUUUAGUGGGUGGGCAAUCCACCUCCUAAGUGUAAAAAAACAAAAAACAAACAAAAAAAAAAAAAAAACCAAUAAUCUCUGGUCCCAGUUGAUGAACUUUUUAAGAAAAACAAAAAAGCAGCAGAACUUUAUUUUUUCUUUUUUUUAAUCCAAGUACAGUGGAAAAUAUAAGUAUGAAGUCCUUCUUCAAAUCUGAACUCAGUGCAAUUGAAGUAUGUUCAAAUGAAUAUGAAUUCAUAUAAUUUAAGCCAGUGCACCAGAUUCAUUAAGUUUUUUUUUUUCCCAUUGUAAAGUAUGCAGUUGUUUUUAACAGAAAAAGCUGUAUGUAGGAACUUUUAAACCAAUAUACUGAUUUAAAGUGAUGUAGCAUUAUUAUUAUCAUUAUUAUUUAUUUUAAAUAUAAGCAAUGUAAACAUUACACUGAAGCCAGUGACAGAAUAUUUUCUUUAGCAGUGAUACUGUUUUUUUUUUUUUUUUUUUUAACUGUUCUAUUCAGUUUGUUUGUGUAAUUCCAAUUGAUAACAUUAUAAUACCAUACUACAAUGUAUUUUUUUUAAAGAAUUGGCCUGCAAGUAGCUUUUAAAAAAUAAUAAUAAUAAAACAAAAGUGUACAUAAAUGGGGCUAUUUGAAAUAGAGUUCAAAGCAGAUGGAUCUGUUCACAAACAGGUUUAUUAGUUGUGUGGUUAUGUUCUAGUUCUUAGCAGUGUUAGCCAUUGUACUUAAUGUCUCUGAUGGUAUUUGUUUUUCUCCAUUAAUAGUCAUAUAUGCAGUAUGCGUUGUUUUUAUUGAGAGCUCUUGUUUGUUGUUUCUUUCAUUAUCAUUUUUUUCAUUGUUACUAUCUUUAGCCAAUCCUAACCUCACCGGUCUUACAAAUGCUUAAUGUUUCCAAGGUCGGUGUUCCUGCUCACCCAGACAGCUCUGUAACAGUGGUUCUUGCUACAGUCUUCUCUGUUGCUCUGUGUUUAAUGUACAAUCAGUUGUGUGUUUGCAGACGUUGUUAUGUUUUCUGUACAAGUUACAAGGGUCCUAUUGAACAUUGUUGAAAAAGAAAGAAAUAAACCAACAUUGUUUAAGAUGUACUUGUGAGAUGA